AUGUCUUCCUCAACUCAACAACCUGACGUUCCUGCCGAGUCUGUUCAUGCCGUCCAUUUUACUUUGCCUGAUUUCUGGCAACACGCCCCUGAACUUUAUUUUAUCCGCAUUGAGUCAGCCUUUUACUCCGCCAACAUUACGAAGGAGUUGUCGAAAUACCACAAACUUGUGGAGGUUCUCCCUGCCAAUAUUAUCUCACAAGUUCAACCCUCGUUAGUGAAACCCCUUGCGGACGCCCACUUUUCUGCUCUGAAGGCGGAAAUCCUUCGUCUCAAUGUUGUAUCUGACCGACAACGCUACCACCAGUUGAUCAAGGAGGAAUCACUGGGCGACCGAAAGCCCUCAGAACUUCUCCGACGAAUGCGUACUCUCUUAGGAGACAUGCAGGUCGACGAGAAACUCGUUAAAGAGAUGUUUCGACAGCGGCUGCCUGCAGAUAUCCAAACGAUUUUGGCAUCCGGCUCGCAAGACCUUACACUUUAA